UCCCCUCCCCUUCCCCUCCCCGCGCCUCAGCGGCUCUGCCCGGUGCGUGCGGUCCCGCUCCCCCGGACGGCAGCGCAGCGCCCGCGCCCCGUCGGGCUGCGGGCGGGCGGCGGGGCUGAGACGGCUGCUCCGCUCCGUGCCCAGCCGUGCCCCCUGCCCUCACCAUGCCCAGAGUCUUCCUGGUGAAGCGCCGGAGCCCGCAGCCGGCGGUGCGCAGCUGGGAUGGGCUGCCCGACGAGGAGAGAGCCGACACCUACAUCCCAGGCGGGAUCGGCUGCGUGCUGCUGGGCUAUGAAGACAGCUGCAGCCUGGAGAGCAGCGGCAGCAGCGGGACUCGGGACGCCGAGCCCAGCGACCCACCGACGCCCCAACCUGCCCCCAACGAGCUGGGCACAGGCGGGGGAAUGCUGCUGGACCUGGCCGUCAAGCGCCCCAUGGUCAGAUCAAAAAUCAAGUUCACCACUGGCACCUGCAAUGAUGCUGCCCUGCAUAACUGUGAGCUGUGUGGCAAAGGUUUUCGCCUGCAGAGGAUGCUCAACCGUCACAUCAAGUGCCACAGCCAGGUGAAGAGACACUUGUGCAACUUCUGUGGAAAAGGCUUCAACGACACCUUUGAUCUGAAAAGGCAUGUCCGGACCCAUACUGGCAUUCGUCCUUACAAGUGCGAGGUUUGCAACAAGGCCUUCACGCAGCGCUGUUCGCUGGAGUCGCACCUGAAAAAGAUCCACGGCGUGCAGCAGCAGUACGCCUACAAGCAGAGAAGGGACAAGCUGUACGUGUGCGAAGACUGCGGCUACACGGGCCCUACACAGGAAGACCUGUACCUGCACGUCAGCAGUGUCCACCCUGGUAGCGCCUUCCUGAAGAAAACCUCCAAAAAACUCGCAGCUGUUCUGCAAACCAAACUGAGCCCUGUCCUGCAGAGGAACUCCAAAGAGGAUGGCAAGGAUGAGUGACACAGGGGCUCACAGUGCUCGGCAGGAAUGAAGUUUACAUGUAGGACUAUAUAUAUUAUUUUUUAAAUAACCAUUUUGAAAGAAACACCUGAAAUUAAAGGGAUGCUUCUGUUAACGGGACUCUCUUGAUGUUGAUAAAACCUCAGCUUCACAGAAAUAUUCCCAUUUGUGAUGGAAACAUCAGACUUUUUUUUAUCUGGCCAAUAAAAACAGAAUGCUUGCAAAGGC